AUGUAUAAUGUUUUGGUGGUGUCACUGUCAACGUUGGUGGUGCUGUGCAGCGUGAGUGCGAGCGGCAAUCAAUUAAGUAGCAGGGAAUUGGACAGUCUCCUCCAUGAGCAUGCUUUCGAGGCAUUUGUGGGGCGGCCGAAGACGGGAGUGGCUUACGAUGCUAACCUCACCGGAAUCCGAGUGUCGGCGAUGAGGCUGAAGAGCGGCAGCUUAAUGAGGAGAGGAGUGAGCAUGUACCACGAGUUCCAUAUUCCCAAGGGAGUCGUCACCCAUCCCUACGUCCACAGGCUUGCUCUGCUCUACCACAGCUUGCCCUUCAAUUGGUCUUUAGCUUACUACCCUCUCCACGGCUACACCUAUUUGGCGCCCGUCUUAGGCCUCCUCGCUUACGAUGCGAACUCCACCGCCACUCGUCUCUGCAUUCGAGCAUCCGCGCAGCCCAUUUCUAUCCACUUCUCGCACCUGCUGCUGCCCUCGGUGCUUCCAAAAUGUGUUUUCUUCGACGUCAAUGGCUCCGUCAGCCUCAGCAAUAUGUCGUCGGGUAAUAUAUGCACGACGUUCUCGCAGGGCCACUUUUCUGUUGUUAUGGAGGAGACGAGAGGAAAUACUAGUUCAGAGUCAGAGGAGGUGUGGAAGAUUGUUUGUGGCGUGUUGGCGUUGGUGGUGGUGAUGGGAUUGGUAGGAGUUUUGGUAGGGGCGAAGAGGAAGCAGAGGAAGAGGAUGCGUCAAAUGGAGAUGGUUGCGGAAUCCAGUGAAGCUUUGAAUAUGACUGCCAUUGGCACUACAAAAGCCCCAGCUGCUGUAUCUACCAGGACCCUUCCUAAAAUUGAGACGGAUUAUGUGCCCUAA